UAACAACCGCGCAUGUACCUUGGGCCUUUUAUUUUGCUUUAGGUUCGACUUAACCGGAAGUUUCUUUCUUGUUUCACACAUGGCCUUUACGUAAAAAAGAUUGGACUUGUGAUUGAGCGGACGUUUAGAUAUGGCGGGAACAGAUAUGGACCCUGAGGUGGCUCGGGGCUUGUUUGAGGAAGGAGCCACGCUUGUUUUACUGGGUGUUCCCGAGGGAACAGAGUUGGGACUUGACUACAAAACCUGGACUUUGGGUCCUCGGUUCCGUGGGGUGAAGAUGAUUCCUCCGGGACUUCACUUCCUCCACUACUGCGCCACUAACUCCAAUGAAGCGUGUGCUGAUAUCGGCCCCAAAACAGGCCUGUUUCUGUCCCUGAAACCCCGGGAGGUGCUUGUAGCCCACUGGAACAAGAGAGAAGAGGAUUUGGAGUUCUCCCAGGACCCAGAGGAGGCCGAGCGCAUACGGGCCAACCUCCGAGAACUGGACGGCUUCCUGGGCCCCUAUCCCUACGACACGCUCCGCAAGUGGGUCUCCCUGACCGACAGACUGAGCCAGGAGGUAGCCAUCGCCCUGCAGCCCCUCAGCGGGAGGGUGUGCGCCUUCAGCGACGUCAUCCCAGAGCUGAGGCUGACCCACACUAAAGACCGCGAGGAGCAGAACCUGCCCCGCAACGAUCAGGAGUGUCAGAGCAUGAAGGAGGGGCUGGACAGGCUGCCACGGAUGAAACUGAGGGAAGGCACAGAGCUGCGCUUUUCCAACAUUCCCAAACAUGCGUAUCCUCCGGGAGCGACGCCUGCUCAGAUCACCCAGUAUAGUAUGGAUUGGAGUUACGCUCUAAGCUGCGUGCUGGAGAGCUAUUAUAAAGAUCAGCCGCUCAAUAUACUGGGAGAGCUGCAGUUUGCCUUCGUUUGUUUCCUGGUGGGGAAUGUGUACGAGGCCUUCGAGCACUGGAAAAGCCUGCUGGCUCUGCUGUGCCGCUCCGAGGAGGCCAUGAAGGAGAGGAAGGAGCUGUAUCUGGGCCUCAUCGCUGUCCUCUACCAUCAGCUGGGAGAAAUCCCUCCGGACUUCUUCGUGGACAUCGUGUCCCAGAACAACUUCCUCACCUCCACACUUCAGGACUUCUUCCAGUUUGCCAGCAGUCCCGGAGUCGACAGCACGUUACGGAAAAGAGCAGAAAAGUUUAAAGUCCAUCUGACCAAAAAGUUUCGUUGGGACUUUGAUGCAGAUCUUGAUGAAUGUGCUCCAGUGGUGGUGGAGCUUCCCGAGGGGGUCACGGUGGACUGAUGCUGCUUCACCAGGUCCACGUCACUGUGUUUGAAUAUGCAGCUUUAUAUUGUUUUCACAGACUCAUUCCUCAGAUACUCCAGCAUCUGGAUAUUAUCCUGUCACUUCCUGAAGAAAUAUUGACCUUUCCAUUGUAUUAAUUAAAGCUAAUUAUUUCAGUUGGUCACUCUUUGGGUUUUUGUGACUCUGAAAACCAUGUGUGAGCACUAGAGGGCAGGCCAGUACAGGUGUAAGUCCUGCUCUUCACAGCUUCGGCUUGUCUGCAUGUGUGUCUGACUUUGCAAUAUCAUCAGCACAACACACAGAGCUCAACCUGCCACUCUUUUCAAAGCUACACUGUUUAUUAGAGGCGUUUCCCAAGACAAACAUCACUAUUAAUAAUGCUCACAGAAGUAUUAAGUUUCAACAUGAACUGGAAUCCUACAUUUGAAGCUUCAGUUUUUUUAUGAUAGUUGGGAAUGGCUGAUUUCAUGAUUUUUAUUGUUUGGCACAACUUAACAUUUUCUUAGCAUCAGUUAUUAUGUUUUUAAUUCGUUGCACUGAUUUCAAUCAGGUUUUCUGUUUGUUUAACUGAGUCAAGUGAUAUUUUUUCGUCUUCAGUAGCAGGAGGCUGUCCAUCACACUGAGCUUUUUACUCCAUUCAGGGUUUUUAUCAAUGGAGCUGCCAAAGCAAACACAGACCCCUCUUUUACCAUCACAAUCCCACCAAAUGCAAACAGUCCAAUUAAAAAACUGGACUAUAUAUCCAAUUGUCAGUAGAUUUAUUUUGAAGUACUGAAACUUGAACAUCAUAACUCUUAAUAAUCUCAUAGUUUUGCUCAUGUCUCCUGUUUUCCAGAUUCUUCUUCAAAAUGUAUAAUGCUUUAGAGAAAAAUACUAAACAGUGCUCAGAUUUGCCAACAUGCAAUCAAAUCGGAGGAUUUGAUACAAAUGUAAAUAUUCAUCAUGUCAUCCACAUUUAUUUUAUAACUAUACCAUCAGCAGAGUGAAACAUAGCCACUAUGUUAAGACUGUCUUAAGAGCUAGUUUAAGCCGCUAGCAGCUAGCCAAGAGGUUCUGAUUCAGAUUGGGCCAAUCAAACGUUUUCUAGCUGACUUCAGAGUUAUGACCAGUCUUGAAGAAAACAAACUAGUCUAAGCAGUUUAUGCAGCCGGCCCUAGUCGUCAGUGUUAAAUUUGAUCUCAUUUAUCUGUUUAUGAGACAAAGUUAAUACAUAAAUCAACUAUUCAAUGAAUCUGUAAACUAGUUAAAGGUUCACAGAUCGUUAGUCAGCUCAUGUACUGAAUCACUCGAGCGUUAACUAUACACGAUGCAAACAAACUACAAAACUUAGGAAAAAGUGCUAUACCAACUUAGCUUGUAGUGUAAUUAGCUGUAUGAAACAGUUUUUAGAUGUAGUUGAUGACAUUUAUACUAGCCACAUCACGUCCACAGGAAGAUUCAAUUACUUUUUGUUUCUGCACAAAUUUGUUUCAGCAUUAAUCCAGCCCUUUCCUGAAGGCCACACAUCACAUUUUGGUUGUCUCCCAUAACUAUAGUAUUAUAAUAUACUAUAGCUGAAUAAGGACUCUGUCUUCACUGUUUAUACAGCUACUGACAUUAUGACAGUGUGGUGUGAUUGAAAUAAUAAUUACAACAUUUGGAAUCCAUGUUUUGCAUUAAAAUGGAAAUUAAUACCAAUAAAUGAAUGGCCAGCCAAAUAAAUG